AUGCCUUUGGUCAUCCAACUGAUUUCAAGAGAAUGUAGAUUUCGUGCCACUGUGGAAGUGUUUCCAAUGAAACCUCUAAUAGUUGUGUUGCUCGUGCUGGGCGUGGCUGCAGUGUCCCAUGCCAAGGACGACAACGGAGAUGCGGCCAGGAUCCUCGCCAGCUACAGCAUGAAGACGUUCAUCUCCUUCAGCACCUCCGUCACCACAGUCCCCUACACCUGCGCCAGGAAUUUCAACACGGCGGUGUGUCAGAAGAGGCGCAUGCGUAGGAUUAGGAACCCGAUCGACCUUGACACGAAGGAAGAGCAUGCGAGCGUGCCUUUGGAAAGCACUCUCGACGAGACCCUUGAGGAUGACUCGGUUCCCGACGCCAUCCGCAAACAGCGACUCGGCCUCACCAUCUGGGUGACUUCCUCCUCAACCUACACCAUCACGUCGACCUCCACCAACAGCUCAACAACCUUCUCGCUGUCUUAUUACUGCUCGAUCGUUGGCGCCAACCUCGCUCCUUCGUGUUAGGUUAAGCAGACGGAUGGCGGUCUUCCUUUCUUUCAGUUUUUUUCUUCAUGUUGCUGUUUUCUAUUUGUAUCGGAUACUUUUAUUCGCCACGUUAUAUUUCCU